AUGGCUGCCAUUUCCGUGCCCAAGGCCAUGGAGGCCUUGACCAUCUCGAAGACCAAAGAGCUGAAAGGGACCGAGAAGCGCGACUCCUUGAUCGCCGUCGAAAAGAAAUACCAGCAAAAAUGGCAAGACGACCGCGUCUUCGAAGUCGACGCCCCGACCACUGCCGAGGUUCCCUUGCACUCCAUCUCGGCCGCUGAACUGCGGGAAAAGGUGCCCAAGUUUUUCGGAUGCAUGCCGUAUGCGUACAUGAACGGCGUCUUGCACGCCGGCCACACCUUUUCGGCCAGCAAGGUCGAGUUCGCCGCCGGCGUCGCUAGGAUGCAAGGCAAACGAGCCUUGUUCCCCAUGGGCUUCCACUGCACGGGCAUGCCCAUCAAGGCUUGUGCCGACAAGCUAAUCAACGAGAUUGCAAAGUUUGGCAAGGACUUUUCCGGCUACAACGAGGAGAAGGAGGAGGAGGUGGUGGCGGUGGUGGGCGGGCAGAACAAGGCGGCUGUUGACGCCAAACCCGUGGCCCCAGCUGCCAAGCAGACCAAGGAAGACGUCACCAAGUUCACGACCAACAAGAGCAAGGCCAAUGCAAAGACCGUCAAGAUGAAGUACCAGUUCCAGAUCAUGCAGGCAAUCGGCAUCCCGAUCGAGGAGAUCCACCAGUUCGCCGACCCCCAGUACUGGCUCAAGUUCUUCCCUCCCCUGGCCCAGCGAGACUUGACGAGCUUCGGCUGCCGAAUCGACUGGCGCAGAUCCUUCAUCACGACCGACGCCAAUCCCUACUAUGACGCCUUUGUCCGAUGGCAAAUGAACCGCCUCAAGGAGCUGAACAAGAUCAAGUUUGGCAAGCGAUACACCAUUUACUCCAUCAAGGACGGGCAGCCUUGCAUGGAUCACGAUCGCGCCGAGGGCGAGGCCGUCAACCCCCAGGAGUACACUGCUCUGAAGCUGAAGGUCCUGGAAUGGGCACCCAAGGCUGCCGAGGCCGUCAAGGGCAAGAUCCCCGCCAACGCCGACGUUUUCCUGGUCCCGGCUACUUUGAGACCCGAAACCAUGUACGGCCAGACUUGCUGCUUCGUUGGCCCCAAGAUCACCUACGGCUUGUUCAAGGCCGGAGACAGCUCGUACUACCUCGUCACCGACAGGGCUGCCCGCAACAUGGCCUACCAGGGCAUCCUGGCCCAAGAGGGCGUGGUCGAGAAGGCUGCCGAGGUCCAGGGGUCCGACGUUGUGGGCACGCUGGUGAAUGCUCCGCUGUCUCUGCACAGGGAGGGCGUUCGGGUCCUCCCCAUGGAAACCGUGUUGCCCACCAAGGGAACCGGCGUCGUUACCUCGGUGCCGUCCGACAGCCCCGACGAUUUUGCAACGGUCAGCGAUUUGGCCAAAAAGGCCGACUACUACGGCAUCAAGAAGGAAUGGGCCGAGCUUGAGAUGGUGCCCAUCAUCGAGACCCCCUCUUACGGCGACUUGUGCGCACCAUUUCUGGUCAAAAAGAUGAAGAUUGCCUCCCCCAAGGACACCAAGCAGCUCGAAGAGGCCAAGGAGCUGGCCUACAAGGAAGGUUACUAUCAGGGCGUGCUGAAGGUUGGCGACUUUAAGGGUGAAAAGGUCGAGACGGCCAAGCCCAAGGUUCGAAGCCAGCUGAUGGAUGCCGGCGAGGCGUUUGCCUACUCGGAGCCCGAGAGGAAGGUGGUGAGCCGGUCUGGCGACGACUGCAUCGUCUCCCUGAUGGACCAGUGGUACCUGGACUACGGCGAGGAGUCGUGGAAGGAGACGGCACUGAAAUGGGUCGAGAACGCCGACGGCAAGGGCCUAAACACGUACACCCAGGAGACCAAGAACAGCUUCGAGGGUGUCCUGAACUGGCUGAACCAGUGGGCCUGCGCCCGCACCUACGGCCUGGGGUCCAAGCUGCCGUGGGAUCCCCAGUUCCUGGUCGAGAGCUUGAGCGACUCGACCAUCUACAUGGCCUACUACACCGUCUGCCACUGGCUGCACAAGGACCUGUACGGGAAGGAAAAGGGCAUCGGAAACGUGGGUGCCGAGCAGAUGACGGACGAGGUCUGGGACUACGUGUUCUGCCGCCGGGACCUGGGCGACGACGUGCUGGGCGGCUCGGGGAUCCCCCGGGCCACGCUGGAGAGCAUGCGGCGCGAGUUUGAGUACUUUUACCCGCUGGACGUGCGGAGCUCGGGCAAGGACCUGAUCCCCAACCACCUGACCUUCUUCCUGUACAUCCACCUGGCCGUGUUCCCGCCGGAGUACUGGCCGCGGGGCAUCCGGGCCAACGGGCACCUGAUGCUGAACGGGGAGAAGAUGGCCAAGAGCACGGGCAACUUCAUGACGCUGCGCGAGCUGGUGGACAAGUACGGGGCCGACGCGUCGCGCAUCGCCAUCGCGGACGCGGGCGACGGCGUCAGCGACGCCAACUUUGAGGAGGACGUGGCGGACAACAACAUCCUGCGGCUGUACACGCUGCGCGAGUGGUGCGAGGAGAUGGUGCGCGACCGGGACGGGCUGCGGUGCGGCGGGACCAACGACUUCCAGGACGCCCUGUUCGACAACGAGAUGAACGCGGCCGCGCACGAGGCGGUGGAGCAGUACGCGCAGACCAACUACAAGCUGGCGCUCAAGGCGGCGCUGUACGAGCUGACGGGCGCGCGCGACUUUUACCGCGAGGCGUGCGCGGCCGCGGGCAUCAAGAUGCACCGGGCCCUGGUGCUCAAGUACGUCGAGACGCAGGCGCUGCUGAUGGCGGUGAUUGCGCCGCACUGGUCCGAGCACAUCUGGCGCGAGGUGCUGAAGAAGGGCUCGACGAUCCACGAGGCGCGGUUCCCGCGGGUCCCCGCCGUCGACGCCGCCCUGUCGGCCAAGCGCGACUACGUGCGCAACACCUUCUCCAACGUCAACUCGGCCGAGGCGCUGCAGCUGAAGAAGAAGGCGAGGGGCAAGGAGGUCUCGUUCGACCCCAGGCGGCCCAAGAAGCUGACGGUUUACAUGACGGACGCGUUCCCGGCCUGGCAGGGCAAGUACGUGGCCCUGCUGGGGGAGCUGUGGGACCCGGCGACGCGGACCGUCAGCGACCGGGAGCUCAACGGCAGGAUCGCCCGGAUGGGCGAGAUGAAGAAGGCGAUGCCGUUUGCGCAGGCGCUCAAGAAGCGGCUGCAGGGGGGGGAGCCGGCCAGCGCGGUGCUGCAGCAGAAGCUGGCGUUUGACGAGAAGCAGACGCUGAGGCAGAUGCUGCCGGGGCUGACGAGGACGGCGGGCCUGGCGGCGGUCGACGUGCUGGUGGUGGACGAGGGGGGGAGGAGGGGGGUCAACCUGGCGGACGGGCGGGAGGUGGCCAUUACGACGGCGCUGGCGGAGAAUGCGGUGCCGGGGGUGCCUACGUUUUAUUUUGAGAAUGUGGAGGGGUAG